AUGGCAGCAUCCAAGUUUAACCUUCUAGUUUUUAUGGCAAUGGUCAUAGCAUUCAUGAUGUUCCAUUACUCUGUAGCGGAUACCCAACAUGUUGUGGGAGGCGACAUUGGGUGGAUUAUUCCGAACGACCCAAACUUUUAUAAUGAUUGGGCAUCGAAAGAAACUUUUACUGUGGGCGACACUUUACAGUUUAAUUUUAACUCAGGAGCUCAUGACGUUGCAAAAGUAUUAAAAGACGGAUUUGAUCAAUGCAAUGACGAUGGUGCUAGCACCAUAAUCACGGAUGGCCCGGGAAUCUUCAACUUGACAGAGUCUGGAGAGCAGUACUACAUUUGUAGAUUUAAUGGACAUUGUAUGGCCAAUCAAAAGUUAGUUAUUAUUGUUGUCGGUAGUUAA